AUGGAGUUUGUAAAUGAAUACGAUACGAAUCACUCUCCCGGGGAUCUCGAGCCUCUACCUGCAUAUCUUCGACAUGGCCUCGCGGCGAUGGGGACGUUCGGCGUCCUGUCUUUCAUAACGAGCACCACUCUAGCAAUCAUCGUCGCCUACAAGAUAAUAAUAUGGCAGAUGCCAAGCAAGGACUCGAAGAAAGACACCAACGAACGACCCGAGUCCCCGGAGGUCUUCGACCACAACGGCUUCCUAGUACCGACGCGUCCUUUGAGUCCUCUAAAGGAGGAGGAUGUACCACCGGAGAAGGAGACUUUCUGGACUAAACUCAAGAAUGACCCGCCGAACCAGUUUCUAAUUCUCAUCCUGAAUCUCUUCCUCGCUGAUGCUCAACAAUCCGUGGCCUUCCUCAUCAGUUUCGAUUGGCUUGCGAAGGACGCCAUUCAUGUUGGGACGUCGGCUUGUUGGGCGCAGGGCUGGUUCAUCUCGAAUGGCGACCUCGCUUCGUCCGUCUUUAUCACUGGUAUCGCCAUCCACACGUAUCUCGGUGUGGUCAAGGGCUAUCGGCUUCCAUCUUGGGUAUUCUAUUCAUCUAUUGCUGCGAUGUGGACUUUUGUUUACCUUCUCAAUUUCUUGGCUAUUGUCAUCACCAAGGAUGGAGAGGGAGUUGGGGGACUCUUUGUCCGAGCAGGCGCAUGGUGCUGGUGGAACCCAGCUUUCCAAGACAUGCGGCUUUACUUCCACUAUCUAUGGAUCUUCACUUCACUAACCGUCACUGCGGUCGUCUACACCAUCAUCUUCUUCCAUCUACGAGGACUGAAGAAGACCGGAGGCAGACCCAAGGUGAGGACUUCGACCCUCGGCCGCAGCAACUCGCGGGCAAAGCACUACCCGAACCCCGACCCCAACUGGCAGGCAAGACCCCCGGGCAGCCCCACGUCUCUUGCGACCUCUUUCGCGUCUUCCCUUUACAAAGAGUUGCCACCGAUCCCGGACUCAGCCCGCCAGCAGACUUUCCUGCUCUACCCUCUCAUCUACAUCGUGUGCACUCUUCCGCUAGCUGCGGGACGUCUCGCAUCCAUGACCGGCAACGAGGUAUCCCUCGCCUACUUCUGCUUUGCCGGGAGCGCUAUUGCUUGCAAUGGCUGGCUCGAUGUCGCGCUGUACACCUACACUCGGCGAGCGAUUCUCUUUGCCGAUGGUCCGCCUACCCAAGACACUGGCAUUGACACCUUUGCCUUUAUGCGCACUCCUCCUACGCGCAAGUUUGGUAACGUCGUCAUCGUGUCCGGUGGCCAGGUGAAUCAAAAGGAUAAGCGGCGAUUCAAGGCGCAGGAGAAGUGGAAUGAGAAGGUCGCCAACGGUGGGAUGUUGGGCAAGUUAAUGGGCGGGAAGAACCAGAGCCAGGACUCGCUUAAGGGGUUCGGUAUGGGCAAGGGGGCGGUGAUGGGUAUGGCGAUCCAGUGCGAGACGACGACGACUGUUAGCAUCGAGUAUGACACCAGCGAGGACAAGUUUGGCGCUGGCUCGGACGCGAGAACCCGCAAACUGGCCUAA